AAUAAAACAAAGCUGUUGGUUAACCGUAAAGAACCCACCAAAAUGCUAACACUAUCACCACCUGCCUCCUUCUCUACUACCACCGUCACCCCCACAUCUCCUCCCAACUCCAAUCAUUCUUCUUCCUUCCACCCAAUCAGACGCCGCCACCUCAUCACCCUUCUCCCCUUCUGCCUCACCCCACUUUCUCCAUCACCCGCCAAUGCCCGCGGCCUCUUCCAGAUGCCGCCCUCUCGCCUCACCAACCGGUACUAUUUGGUGAGGGCAGGGGAAUCUGAAUACGAGAGAUUGGGUAUAAUCAACACGAAUCCAGUUGCCAAAACCUCGGUUGAUAGUGGGUUGUCGGAGAAGGGGAAGAAGCAGACUGUAAACGCUGCUUUUGACUUGAAGGCAAUGGGGGCCUGCGAUAGGAACUGUUGGAUUUGGCCUUCUAUCACUCAAAGAGCUUAUCAGGCUGCCGAGAUUAUUGCUGCCGUCAAUGGAGUUAGUCGUAGUUAUAUAGUUCCUGAAUAUAGCUUCCUUGAUGCUAGAGGACUGGGGGCUUAUGAAGGCAAGAAACUGGAAACCAUUUCAGAAGUAUAUGCAUCGGACAGUCUCUCUCCGACAAUUAAGCCUCCUCCCAUAGAUGACGGUACCCCAAAUGAAAGCGUUUCUGAUGUGUUUGUUCGAGUGACACAGCUCAUGUCAAUUCUUGAGACUCAGUACUCUGAGGACACCGUGAUAAUUGUCUCACCUGAUUCUGACAAUUUGACAAUCCUGCAAGCUGGUCUCCUUGGACUCGACCUCCGAAGGCAUAGUGAUCUUUCAUUUGCCCCUGGAGAAGUUCGAUUUGUUGAUGCAAGUAGCAUACCUAAGUACAAACAACCAGCAUCUGCUGUAUAUAAAUGUUUAAACCCACCAAAAUGUAACUAAAAUAAUUUCUUCAAUGAAUCUGCAUGUACAUCUGAAUAUCAAAGACAUCAGUUCAACUGGGUCUUUGCACGUUUGGUAUAAAUAUUUUUCAUCGUUUUGUUCA